AUGCGCUCUCUGUUGCUCCUCGCAGCGGCGUUGCCGUUGACACAGGCAAUAGAGCCUCCACGCGUGCCGCAUCAGCCUCUCGGCAAUGGUACCAAGCGCCUGACGUACAACGAAACCACCGACAGACCCUCCUUUGGUGCUUCGUCCCGUACAUUCAACUGGGUGGGAACUGGAGAAGAUGGCGACUACAUCUACACGUCUGCUUCUGGAGAUCUCGUCUUCGAGAACGUCGCCACAGGCAAAUCAUCGACAUUCAUCUCCGCGGAUAAGAUCCCAGAGGACUACUGGGACUACUUCAUCUCGCCAGACGCCAGCAAGGUCAUAUGGGCGGUCAACUACACCAAGCAGUACCGCCAUUCCUACUUUGCCGACUAUCUGAUCAUGGAUGUCGCGAGCGGCGAGUCUGUGCCCCUCGACCCCGAGCAAGUGGGUGAUAUCCAGUAUGCCGAAUGGAGCCCCGUAUCUUCAUCCCAGGUUGCAUUCGUCAAAGGCAACAACCUGUAUAUGAGCACAAACGGCACCAUCUCUCAGAUCACCAAGGAUGGCGGCCCAGACUACUUCAACGCUGUUCCCGACUGGGUUUACGAGGAGGAGAUCUUUGGCGACCGCUACACGCUCUGGUUCUCUCCCGAUGGCAGCAGAGUUGCUUUCCUCAGCUUCAACGAGACGGGCGUUGGCACAUUCAGGAUUCCCUACUACAUCGACGAUAACUCUGAAUUCGUGCCCGUAUACCCCAACGAGCUCGAGCUGCGCUACCCCAAGGUCGGCACCAAGAACCCCACUGUCGUCAUGAACAUGCUCGAUGUGGCAUCCGGAAAAGUCAGCAACAUCCCAAUUGAUGCCUUCCCCGAGGAUGACCUUGUCAUUGGUGAAGUCGUCUGGCUUACCGAAGAGCACAGCACAGUUCUUUACCGUGCUUACAACCGUGUCCAAGACAUGGAGAAGCUGGUCACUGUUGAUGUCGAGGCUGGCUCAUCCAAGGUUACCCGCGAGCGUGACGGCACUGAUGGAUGGCUUGAGAACCUGAUGCAAAUCCGCUACAUCGGUGCUCUAAAGGCUGGAAACGCCUCUUUCAGUAACUCCUCGGAGUACUACAUGGAUAUUUCUGACAUGAGCGGUUGGGCACACAUUUACCUAUUCCCAGUCCACGGCGGUGAGCCGAUUGCGCUGACUUCAGGUGAAUGGGAGGUCCUCUCCAUCCUCAAGGUCGACUACGCCCGUGGCAUAAUCUACUACACGUCCACCGAGCACCACAGUACCGAGUCCCAUGUGUACUCUGUCACCUUCAGUGGCAAGAAGACUGCACUUGUAGACGACAAGGAGGCUGCCUUCUGGACUGGCUCCUUCUCGUCUCGCGGUUCCUACUAUGUCCUCCGCUACGCUGGCCCUGACGUCCCAUACCAGGAAUUGUACUCGCUCAACUCAAGCGAGCCCAUCCGAACCAUUGUCAACAACUCGGCUCUGUACAACAAGCUUCAGGAGUACAACCUGCCCAACAUCACCUACCUCGAUAUGGAGCACCCUUCAGGCUACACACUCGACGCAAUGCUCCGUCUCCCACCAAACUUUGACCCAAGCAAGAAGUACCCUCUCAUCCUUCUUCCAUACGGCGGUCCCAACGCCAAGGAGGUGUCCAAGUCGUUCAACGCGCUCAACUGGAAAGCAUACAUUGCGUCUGACCCUGAGCUCGAGUAUGUCACUCUCACCGUCGACAACCGUGGCACCGGCCGCAAAGGCCGUAAGUUCCGCUCCACAGUAGCAUCCAAUCUCGGUCAACUUGAAGCCGAAGACCAGAUCUGGGCGGCCAAGGAACUCGCCAAAAACCCAUGGAUCGACAGCGAGCACAUUGGCAUCUGGGGCUGGUCCUACGGCGGCUACCUCUCCUCCAAGGUAGUUGAAGUGGGCGACCCCAUCAUCAGCUACGCCAUGAUCACCGCUCCCGUCAGCGACUGGCGCUUCUACGACAGCCUGUACACGGAGCGCUACAUGAAGACGCCAGACCUCAACCCGGACGGCUACAACCGCAGCCGCGUGCACGACGCCACAGGCUUCAAGAAGAUUGCCGGCGGCGUCGUCAUCCAGCACGGCACGGGCGACGACAACGUCCACUUCCAGAACGCAGCCGCCCUCGUCGACCUGCUCAUGGUCAACCAAGUCAGCCCCGAGAAGAUGCAAAACACCUACUUUACCGACUCGGACCACAGCAUCAAUUUCCACAAUAACGGCAAGUUCCUGUACAAGCAGCUCAGCAAGAAGCUGUUUGAAGAAAAGAACAGAGACGGCGAUAGUAAGGGUGCGCAUCAGUGGAGUCGGAGGGGGCUUGCUAAGAAGUGGUUUUCUUGA